UAUCUCACUCUCUGUCGGAUAAUCACCAAUGAAGGUUACCGAACACGUCCUCUAUUCAUCCCAAACAACGAGAGAGAUCGCAUCACAAAACAAAUUGAUCCCCAACACAAGAAUAAUUAGUAAUUAUUAAUUACAUUAUUAAACAUCUAAAUAUACUUGAAUCAUCAUGCCCCCUUCUCCCGAAUUUAAAACGAGACCCUCCGACCCACCCAAAAUACCCAGUCGACGAAAAGACGACACCGUCGAGACAAUGGGGAACAAGGUUAUCAUCAUCCCCACAAUUAAAGAUGGACCCACGGCGCUAGGCGACAUGUGGGAUUGCAGAUCUUCCAGCGUUGUUGGAAACAUAUUUGCAAAACCGCUGGGGAUCGAACAUUUAGAAGCUCAUCCAAUUUCUUUGCUAAAGUACAAUCUGCAACGGGUCCAGAACGCGAGAGACUUUGUGGCCGAGAUGUUCGUCUCUGUCGAGUUGUCGUUGGAAUGUUCUGGGGGCUCGGUGAAGGUCAAGGGCGCCGCAUCGUUUGAAACGAAAGAGAGGCAGAAAUUUCACCAGGAAAGGCUUCUAUGCAAUUAUGACCUGACAACUUAUGAGGUCAGGUUACUCCCCAGGGCUACCACGGUCACGGGAAAUAAGGACAGAGACGUGAUGAGCUACCGUGUAAAAGAAUUACUGGAAGAUGGAUCACUGGUGGCAACCCACUACGUCCAGUCGAUCACUCUCGGCGGACGUGCCCAAGCUUCGAUCACCUAUUACGAAAAUAUCGACAAAUCCCACAUGCACUUGACCGGUUCUUUCGACGGUACAAUCAAAACCGGAGGAAUGACCGCCACCGCACGAGCAUCUCUGGAACUUUUAGACUCUGAAUUUUCCGAAUCCCACCGAACCGAAAUCAGCGUCACAGCUCAACCACGAAUAAAGUCAGCUCCGACCAGCGUCGAAGACAUGUUUUUAGAAGUGGAGAGAAUUGACAAGGUUAUCGAAAAUGAGAAGCAUUUCCCUCAACUGACUUACACGGAUCCGGACGAUGCGGAAAUUAAGAGAGAAAUCAUUGGAAUCCCGCUCCGUUUCAGACUCGUCCCCAUCAACAGGAUUGUAACCUUGAGUGGGGAAAAUGAUACGUACAAACAACUCAAGGAGGAAAUCUUGAACGAAUUUGCCGACAUGAUGCUGACCUUGGAUGAUUACAGUUUCCAAGAUUACUUGAAACAGCUGUUGCGUAAAGAAGUUCCCAGUAUCAUUCCAAUCUUGCAAGACGACGCGCACCCUCUGACGAGAGAGAUUGACGAACUAGCCAUAACUGUCAUGACUGACGCAAUGGCCCUCAAGAAAGACGCGAUUCUGCUCUUCAGCGACUUCAAAUACGGUUUGGUCACGGAGGUAGAAUUGUCCGACUUUCUGCUCCGAUACUCUAAGGAAUUUUUGAUCCAUCUUAUUGUCGCCAAAGUAUCGGACAUUGGACAACGGGGUAGGAUGGAACUUGCAACGAUACGAUCAGCUGAUGUAGUCCAUCUGGUGGAUGCGACAGGCAAGCCAUCUGUCAAUUUCUUUACUAACAAGGCCUCCUUGGACGAAUGGUACUUGGAAGAACGGAGUAUCAAACUGCUCCUUAAAUCUGGUCCGACGGCGACAGGAUCACCAAACGGUCUCUUUCAAUCGUUGUACCAAAUGAGUGGACCCCUUAAAAAGAUUGGAGUUCAAGUUGGCAUCGCGUUUCCCAGCAUUUCCUCUGAUUUUUCCCUCACUUUAAAAAUGCCUUUGACGGAGGUUAUUUUAACGUCCAACGAUGAGAUCACCUUUGCGACUGACUUAUUUAGAAUGGCGACAGAAACUGGAGGUGGCGAGGUUUUUUCCAAGUUCUUUUCCAUUAACUCAGAGCUCAGUUCACUUCAAAUCCCGCUGCGCGGCGCCAUUCUGGAAGAAUUUCCUACAUUCAUGACAAUCAUGCGUACAUAUCUCCCGGUUGGUGGGAACACCUUAAUUUGCGAGACGUACUGCCAUCUACUGGCGUCCUUGUCAUCCACCUUGGACACUUUUAAUUUCGUCUUCCCCCUCGAGGCCAUCCACAGGGGUGUCGAAAUGAUGGCGAAAUAUCGAAAAUUCCGCCGUCUAGUAGAAGAAACUGGUGUCAAACAUCGCUGGAUUUUUUCAAAAUUCAACGUUCUUGGAAAGUACUCAGCCCCGCUACUCUUCGUCUUUAAGGAUGACGUGCUCACAUCAAUCUGCUACGACUCUUUAGACGUGGCGACACUCAUUCAUUGCCUGAAAGAAAAGGAAGGCUUCAACUGGGAGCCAAUUUCGAUCGGUGAAGGCCGAAAAUCCAGCCUUUACGUCGAACAAUGGAAUUACUCGACGGAAAUCGUGCCGAAUUGCAUUCUCGAACAGAGCACUCACUUUAGCGAACCCCUCAAGCAUCACGAAUCGUUCCCGCCGAAUGAUGAUCCCACAUUAGCUCAAGCCUUGGACGUCCUGAGACCUCUCGCCCUUCAUAAGGAUAGAGAAGUGAUUAUAUGCAUAGCCAGAUUUGCCUUAAAGGGCUCAUUCUACCUAGAAUUAGAGCAAAUUUUGGUCAAACACAUGUCCUGGGCAGACAACGAGAUAAGCAAACCCAAUUUUGCCGACAUCGACUGGCCGGGGUUAUCAACCGAUGCAAUGACGCUCAUGCAGACUGGGGCACCACAUCUCGUCAUGACCUUUUCGGUUCUCGAACGGCUGAAGAAGUUGAUGGAACCUAAACCUGAAGAACCUGAAAAUCCUGAAGAACCCGAAAAUCCUGAAGAACCAGAAAAUCCUGAGGACCCCGAAAAUCCUCAUAAUCCCGUAAUGCACGAACAAAUCGACGCCCUGCUAGACUUCCUUACCAGAGAUCACGAAGAAGGCGACGCACUUACCUGGCUGCGUGACGCCGCGGACAAAAUUUCAAAAGACAUCUAUACCGAAUGGUUUGACAGAAAGGAGAAGCUCGUUCUCGUGUUUAAAGAAUUCCUGUUGAAUGAGAGCGCCGGCGCCGAAUAUUUCCAUCUCCUCCAACUUUCGCAAGUCGCCAAUCAAAUGUCAAUCGAGGGAUCGAUAUCAGCCAACCCGGUCCCACUGGCUCGCUCAUAUUGCGAUAUGGUAACCAUCCUAGACGACCUAUAUCCCAAUAUCGGUGAGAAGCUUGAAAACUAUUUGGAUCAGGGGCAGUUAUUCCAUAUUUUACGGGCCCUCGACUCCAUCACCGUUAACGCUUCACUCCACCAGUUGCACAAAGAGUUGGCCAUCGUAGAAUCGCUGCCUGCUCCACUCCAGACCAAAUCUGUUUUAGAAAAGAUGAUGCAUUUCGACCAAGAACAGGUCGAGUUGAUUUGGACGAACCCAAAAUUUCUUCACUUGGUGAGAACAUCGCUGUCAAACUCGGGAGUGGUGGACACGCUCUACGCACUGAUUGCACCUCACUCUGAAUCCGAUGGAGAUGGUGGCUUUCGUAUCCCGUUUUACGUACCGAAUGAUGUCGCGGAGAAGAUAAAACCACUUUUUGGGCGGAGUAUCAGCUCGUCUCCUUCAUUCCCUUGGGAAACUGAAUGGAACGGUGAUGUGGACAAAUUUUCAGCCCAGUUGGCUAUUUUCAUGGCAAAAUUGGCCAUCCCAGAUAGUUUUCAGUCGGUUUUCCAAGAGAAUCUGAUAACCACCAGUGGGAGCAACUUUGAAGAUACACUGUUACAAAAGAAGGUAUUAUUCUACUGGGACAAAGAUAGGAAGAUUUUUACUCAUAAUUGGACCCUGCUCACGGUGAAGAUUGCUCUUGCCAGGCUGACUGAGGUGAUUCCAUUGAACGUGGAAUUGUCGUUGUCACCACCAAAUACGGUCCGCCAAAACACCAGUUCAUACUCAAAACACGUCAUCGACACGGAUUAUUUAGAGGUGAUCGACAGAUGGCGCCCAUUCGUUAAUAAUGCCCAACUGCCCUUAACGUCGGGUCAGUCCUUCACCGCCAUUUCCAAAGUUGACCUGGCUCCACCCAAGAUAUCGUACGUCAAUCUGAAUCAAACAUCGACCAUAAUCCUCCCCUACAUUCUGGACCACUUGAAGAGUACCAACACCACGAUGACCACACCUGCCUUCCUCUCUAAUCUGAUUGACUAUCCAACACCUGGAUUUUAUCCGGGUCAGAUCAAUUUUGGUUCGGGAAUUCCAGAAAAAUCAAAUGGUCUCCUGUUCACUCGAGAUGAUUUAUUCACCGCCAUUUUGCAAACUAGUGAUCCCCUCGUUGUACAUCAAAUCUAUCAAAUUUUAUCGGAUGCGGGACACACCCUGCCACUAUUAAUACCGGACAUUUCACGACCUGAAGAAGGACAAACUGAAGAUAAUCGAUGGAUCUGGAUGCAUCCCGUCUUGAAAUAUAUCCUCGCACCAAGAAAUAUUACCGGAGAGUUGCCUUCCAUCACGAGAAAUCAAUUUUUCUCGUUUCCUUAUCGGUUUGUACUCACUCUUCGGGUCGAAGAUAGCGCUCCGUUGCCUGGAAGAAGUUCCCUAAUCAAUCGCUAUCUUCUCAAACAAGGGCACCAUUUCAGCUCUCUUGCUGACGCAGGAUCCAAAUUUGGUGUACCCUUAAGUCGCGCUUCUACCCUUGAAUUUAUUCCGCUGACAGAGCAAACAUGUGAACCCCGCUUUCUAACUCAGGUCCAAGAAAGGUCACAUUUUUCUUCAGAACCCGUCCUACUUGGGGUUCUUCACGGAAACGCGAUCCGUGUCCUGAACAAAGAACUGUUUGAUCACUUGCAUCCGCAUAUUUCUAGCGUUGUCGUCUUUUGGAAUGUCGUCAAUUGGAAAGCGCUCAAAGAGAAGAAAAAAAUGUUGUCGCAAAUUAUUGGGUCAAACUUAUCCGCUAACGUGUUGGAUGUUGUGCUCUAUCCAGAUCAGACAAUCGUGGAUAACAUUCGGGAUGAAAAUCUACUCCACAAAAUUCCUUUCGCAAGUAUCAACCCGGGUCUGAUUGAUGCCAUCAAUGCCGUAAAGUUGAAGAAGAUUAUGGGAGAAGCGAUCGAAUUCAUGGUACCAGAAAUACCGGAAACGGUAAGAAAGGACUCAAGUAUUGUUGUUAAAGAUGCAGAACCGCUUCGAACGGAAGAAUCGGCAGCAUUUCUUCAACUGAUUGAGGAACAUUCAAUCCGAAAAGUUAAGCGCGUCAUGCUCAAAAACGAACCUGAUGAUGAUUUAAAGAUCAAAAUCAUCGAAGCUUUCCUCGCCAUUUUAUAUCUUCCAAGAGUCCCGAGGGAAAUUGGACUUCAUCACGUCAUCUUCAAGUUGGACCACUUAAGCGAAACCGCAAGUUGGCAAAUUCGCCAAAAAAUUGAGGAAUUACGACACCAAAUUGUCCACGAUUCUUCAGUAAACAAACCACAACUUCGAGCCCAGGUGAAAGUUCAUUUGGAGAAAUUGGACGAAACAAUCCUCACCUUGUCGAACCUCUUCUACUCGACUGGACUUCAUAUCCUUGCGACAAACUCUAAUCCAGACAAAUUUUGUAAAUCUUUAUCCGAUUGCAUUUUAUCCUCCUUUCCGAUGCAAAUUGAGGACAUAUUCGACCCCGAGUUUGCUCCCCUCUUUAAAUCCGCAAUGGCCCUGAUACCCGAAAAUAUCCGUACUUUCACCAUUUCCGCUCUGGGCUUAAAAAAUUCAGGAAAAUCUACUCUGCUAAAUCGUCUCUUCGGCGGGCGCGGUUUUACUGAAUGGUCUUCCACCAUAGGAAUUGUGCUGAAAUUCAUUCCCUUAAAAGAUGACCAGCUUAGGACCGAGUUGGAUUGCGAUGCAUUCAUCGUUCUGGACGGGGAGGGGGUCGGUGACCCCGAAAAUGAGGGAGAAAUCGGUGGACAGAAUUUAGAACGAAAAUUGGCCACGAUGCUGCUAUCCUGUAGCGACCUUACGUUGAUAAAUGUAAAGGACGACGAGAUAGGCGGACUCUCAGACAUCAUGGAAUCCGCGUUGGUGUCAAUACUAAAUCGGGUCGGAAAUGGACCAGCGCCAAUCCAGAAACCAGACGUUCAAGUAAUCCAACAGCUAAACAAACUUGUUACUCAAGAUGAGAACAUUGUUCCCGAGUUUAUCCAAUCAUUGUCCUCCACGAUUGGUCAUUUAUCGCUAAAAUAUCUCCUCGAGUUAGGAAUACUUUCGUCCGAAUCGACCAGAUUGGUUCAAGUCCACUCAAAAUCGUUCCAAAAUAACCUGCUCACCACGAUCGCGAGAUUAGAUGAAAGCAAUGCAUCUUACUACAAAUCCAUUACAGAAUUAAGGUGUCAAAUCCAGGAAAAGUGUAUCCAAUCGAGAAACAAUAACCCAGGACGCGUUACCCUGCACGAAUGGGUGACAAACUCUGGUCAAAUCUGGAACAGCUAUACUUUAAAGGAGAUGGAAACCGUAACGUUGUCCGCGGAAGACGCCGCUUUCCAAGUGGGAACCUUCAAUGGAAUUAUGGACGUUAAUUUCGCCAUUUCCAAAGCUUUCGCUGCUCACGAGACUCGCCUCAUGUCCAACUUUAUUAAAGGAAUUGAUGAAAUAUUUAUCGACGAGGAAUACGUGCCAGGAUCUGACGCUAAGUUAGACAUCGUCCUUUUCACCGUUGCGAAGGAUUUAUUACAAGCAAUCAACACCUGCGAGAAGCCUGCUGACGACGCCAAGAAGAAGCGACGAAACCCACUCCGAGUCCGAUCCGGUGCGAUAAAUCCAAACUCUUGUGACGAAUGCAGAACUGCUUUCACUCUGCGGGAGGACUUAUUCCGUGAUAUCUUGGAGGAUACCAAGUCUUUCCUCAUCGUCGAGGAGGUCACUCGUCACACGGACAUGGCCAGAUUCAAGACAUACAAAAAAUUUGAACAAACCAUUUUCGCAAGGAUGAUCUUGCAGAAAAAAUCGGAACGAUUUGGACACGUCGUGAAGGAAUUGAUCAACCGAUUUCCAUCCGAACCAGAAUUCGUGUUUGAUCAAUUCAUCCAACACUUGUCAACCCUUCAGUUCAUUCCACGAGGGAAGGAAAUGUUCCACACGGAAGUGGACUUGGUCUAUCGAGCCUUGAAGGACCAAAUUGUCAAACAUCACGUUCCAAUAAUUGAUUUACUUGAAGAACCGGUGCUUCCUGACCUCGAGAAUGUCACAGUCUUUGAAGAGUCUCGUUUCUAUUCAGAGUCGACAGUCGUGCUCCCUGUCAAGGGUGGAAAUAUGUUAAGUUGGGAUCAAGCAAUUUGGCUCCAGAUAAAAUUAGAUGAACUUCCGGCUUCGAUUUCCACAGAGUUUGGAGAGCAACUUGUGCGGUACGAGUUUGGCAUGGUGGCCCGUUUUUAUGCCAGAAUUACAGAAAUUCUUGCCCUCCUGGGGGAGAAGAUGGGCGGCCGAAGAUCGAGCGACUUCCACAUCGAAUUUGUCUGGCUGGUACAUAGGAUUGGGAUUCAGCUCUUUAGUGGUUUUCUGGAUGAGAUGGAAACCAAAUGGAGGGGAAAGAAUGACAUUGUCCAUUUAAUGGAGGAGCAGAAAGAGGAAUUUCUGCAAAAUCCGGAUGAUUAUUUUGAGCCAAAUUCUGCCCCAGAGGGCAAGGAUUGAUAGUCAAGUUGCCAAACACUUUAAUUGAAUUUUGACGUAUAUAUAUUAUGAAAUAUUACUUAACACAUGUUAAAGCAUAUUCAUGCAUACAAAAAUUGCAUGUUAAGCUCUGCUUUGAAAAAUUUAGCAUUUUAAUGAAUACAUCAUGUCAGUAAUUAUGCACAGGUAUAUAAAUGUUAGUACCUAACUUGCAUAAAAUACAUAAUGCAAAUAGAUAUAUUUUAAAACAAACAAUCAAUUAAAAUCUUACAAGAACACGAGGGAUUAUUAGUGUUUAUUAUAAUUAGUUUAUGAAAAAUAAAAUAAUGAAAAGGGC